UACAUGGGUGUCCAUUGUUUAGAUUUUCUUCAAUUUAAUUCUAGUGUUGGCUGGUUUCUCUCUUUCUUCCGUAGGUUGCGCUUUCUAGCUUAUUGCUAUUCGUGUUGAUUGCGUCAUCAGAAUCAUAGUAAGGAGAAUAUUUAUUAUUUUCUGUAUGACUGCUGGAAUCCAAGGUUUGGCAACUAUUGCGCGCUUAUUGUCAACCUAACUUUCACGUCGAAUGGAAUAUACUUAGAACAUUAAUAUCUAUAUUCUAAGGGAAUAUAGAAUUGAGAGGGAUAUAGGUACUGCUCCAUAAAAGUUAAGGGUGUUCAUAAAUUUUAAAAGUUGCCGAUUCUUGUCCACCAAAUCCUUUGAUGCCCAGAAAUCACGUACCCAAUUGUUGGUGCUUGAUGCUACCAUGGAUGUGCAAAUUUACAUUAUUACAUAGACCAAGCUAAUUACAACAUUAUUCCAUUGUUUCAUGCUGCUAUUAUAGGCCAAUUUUCAUGUUUUUGGACGAUAAUGCGUCACCCCAUCGUGCGAGAAUUGUCAAUGAAGCUGUGGAAAUCCACGAUUGGGAUCAGCUACAAAGAGCUUUAGAUUCUCAUCAAUCUCUUCCUCAUACGUAUCAAGAACUCAGACGACUAUUACCACAACUCUAGAGAGAAAUUGAUCAAGACUGCUUCAACAAUCUGAUCGAAAGUAUGCAAACGCAAUGUCAAGCUAUGGUUGAUGUUCGAGAAGGCUAUACGCUUUACUGAACAUUAUUUUUAAAUUUUUUGAAUGAACUGAUUUUGUAUUAUAAAUACUCGAAAUAAAUUUUCAACUGCAACUGUGAAACUCAUAAAGGAAUGGGCAGAAAAAUAAAACAGAUAAAUUUCAAUCUUAUCAUUUUGUAAAUGAAGAAUAGAAGCAAUGAGUUACCAUCAAAUUCAUCAGCACCUUGGUGCAGACUCUUCAGUCAUAGUAACAACACCACCUGAUUGGAAAACAAGACUGAAAAAUUUUUGGAAAAAUUUACACCUAAAAUCUGCCUGCCAACACAUAGGCCUUCUGGUCAUAUUAACUGUCUACACUGUUGCAGGAGGUAUGGUCUUUCGCAGGCUGGAAUAUCCAGCGGAAUUAGAGAAAAUAAACGUCUACAACGUUACUUUGUCUACGAGUAGGCGUUUGUUGAUACAGAGCAUCCUCGAUAAGGAGAAUUUCACGACAUUCGAACGGGAACUUCAGAAUUACGAGGAGAUCUUGAGGAGGGCCUUCGAGGCUGGAGUGUCGAUUCGACCGGAAGAGCAAAUCGCCAAAUGGACCAUCUUGAGAGCGGUAUUUUUCUCGUCCACUGUGCUCACUACGAUAGGAUACGGAAAUAUAACUCCAGAGACAACAGAGGGUCGAAUUUUUUGCAUCGUUUUCGCAUUAGUUGGAAUUCCAUUAACUCUGACUGUUAUUGCCGAUUGGGGAAAACUUUUUGCACAUGCUGCUUCAAGUUUCGUUAAACAUAUUCCACCACUGCCAUAUGGACUGAGGUGUGCGUUCCUUGUACAAAGAACCACUUCUUACGCAUUUUUGUCAGUCUGUUUUUUAUUCCUCUAUCUUGCAAUUGGAGCUGCUGCUUUUGUAGAGUGGGAAGAAGAUUGGACUUUCUUCGAAGGCUUCUACUUCUGCUUCAUCACGAUGACCACUAUUGGUUUUGGAGAUUUGGUACCAAAACAGCCCACGUACAUGCUUCUCUGUACUUUGUACAUACUUAUCGGACUGGCUCUUACCUCAACUAUCAUAGAGCUUGUGAGAACUCAAUAUGCCCAAUCUUGGAAGCAGCUGAGAGCUCUACAGGGUCCGCUCGCUGACCAGUUCAGAAAAAUAGCUGACAAUGCCACAGGCUUGGAUGUCCUCUCUUUCCAACAAGAUUUCAUGAAAGUUAUUACUGCUGUAUCAGUACCUAAGAAGUUAACAUCUGUUGGUUCAACGAAGAGAGACAAGAAAGUCAAGGUUACCGAUUGGGAAGAUGCGAUGGAAGCUGCAAUCAGGGAUAUGAUCGUUAAGAGUUCCAACAGCCAAAAUUUUCCACCUGUUGUACAAUUCAUAAUAUACGAAACUUCAGUUUACUUAGAUUUUUAUCGAACCCUUCUUCCUAUCAUUUAUUUCAACAUUUUAAUCAAUUUUUCGAGAGUUAUCGCAUUUACAAACAGAUGGCUUUAUCAUUUCUUCAUCAAUACCUAUCAGAGGUUCUCGUCACUCAAAUGA